GCAGGAACUUCCUCUGAUCAUUCCUUCCGUUUUGAAGGGCAAAAAAAAGGAAAAAAUGUAAAAGCGCAGUUCCUCCUCCAAACCCCUGCGAUGAUCAUGAGACGUCUUCCUGACCCGCUACCUGCUACCCACGACUCGCCGGGUAGGCCUCGUGAUCUGGUCCCAGUCAAUGUAUUUUCGAUUUUCCACUCCCGGGUUCACGCUUCAGCAAGAUGACCCAAGAGUCGCCCGCCAGCUGCGAGGAUGAAGAACUUUUUAGGGUAGAGAGAAUUCUUGCAGAGCGAGUGGAGGCCGAUGAGAAGAUCUAUCUGGUUAAGUGGGCUGGGUAUCCUGAUGACCAAUGUACCUGGGAGCCCAAGGAAAGCUUCACCGAAUUGGAAACCAUCACUGAUUGGGAGACACAGCGCAACAAGGGUGGCCUUCUAGAUGAAGAAGAGGUCGCAGCCGUCCAGAUGCGCAUGGAUGCUUUCCAAGCCCGCCAAGAGGAAGCAGAAGCUGCUGAAGAAGAGGACCAAGAAGCCGCCCGACUCCAGGCUUCUCAGUCAGCAAAUACAGCAGAGUCCUCAAGUGAAACGCCAACCACUCAAGCCCCCCGAUGUUCUCGGAGUUCAAAGUCUCCAUCCCCUGGGAGUGACCUCCUUCUCAAUACUCGCAAAAGAAAGGCCCAUACCAAUUCACCAUCAGCUGGCGAUGAAUCUCCAGCAACUAAGCGGCCCAAGUAUGGCGAGACAUCCAAUGUGGCUUCUGCAUCGACCGUUCUAGCGUCUCAGUCUGCAGAAUCCCAGCAGUCACCUGUAGAGAGUCAUCCUGCAACCCAAGAGCUUUCCACAAAGGAAGUCCACCCGCCUAGCCAGAACCCAAAUCCAAAAUCAACGAAAGCUGUAUCUCCACGAACGAUUGCUUCGAAUUCAACAAACAAGUCAAACCACGAUAUCGAUGGAACUCAGCUGAAUCAGCAACCAUCUUUGCCAGCAUCACGUGCGCAUCUGCCUCAACCCAACAAUUCUGUGACGCCUACGACUGAUCAUGAUGCAUCUGAAAGCAUUUCGACUCCUAUUGCUAAACCAGCAGCCACAAAGGCGACAGGAUCUGGUCAAAAUCCACACAGCAGAGCUGGCCAGCGCUUCGAUAGUCUUCGUCACCGGAACAACUAUAUGAAGCGUUCAAGACAGGAAGGUGUACCUGAUCCAACGGCUUUGGACUUGAGAACUCCCGAAGAAUGGUCAAAUGGUACAGCUGCCAACAACAUCGGCGUGGGUCAGUCCCACGACCAGCAUGAUGGUUCGACCUUGUUUGUGCCCGAAGAAAGCGACCACAACACCCUCGAAUUAGACGUAACAAACGAACUCGAUGCCUCAAUCGCCAAAAAGAGUCCUGUGCCUACAGAUGUGCCCGGUUCAGAUUUGCAGCCCUUGCCGAAUGAUACGCUUGACAAACACUGUACCACAACAGCGGAACGUUCUACACCUGACCAACUUGUCCCUUUAUCAACGUUAGAUGGAAGCACGAAUAACAGUGAUUUGCCCGCUACAUACUCGACGGUAGCAGCAAAGGUACACUUUGAAAACCACUCCGAAGUCUCUCCGGUUCAAUCAUCGACAUUAGCCCCACAACAACCCCAGCUGGCACGAUCAACUAGCCAACUUCAAUCGUUCCCCGUGACACGUGAUACAAUGACACAUGCUGGAAAUCAUGAAACUAAUUCCCGAGGCCUGGUAAAGACCGCCACCGGUCGAUUUUUCGAUCCACGGGAGGAACUAUUGGUUCAACUCUAUCUAGGAAUUUCCCCCGUGGGCGAUGUCAGAAUUCGGUUUUUUCCGCCCUGGCUCAAAACAAAGAUCAAGGCUCUGAAGUCUUCAGAUGGAAAACUAGAAAUUGCGUUCGAUGAGAAAUGUUUCCAGCAGCCCGACGAGUUUGCCGCUUUUAGCAAGCAGCUGUCUCCUCGUGCUGCCGCUGGGGGAAUCAUCGUGGCUUAUGAGGACACGAUGAAGACCAUGGACAGCCUGAUCCAGCACUUGGAACAGUACAAUGUUUGCGCCGUAUGGAUCUACCCUGACGAGCGAGAGACGUUGGUGAUGAUCCUAUACUCUUGCGGAGCCUCAGGAUGGAAGUCCUUUGAUCAUCGAUCAUGCUCUAACGCAGACCAGCACUUGCAUCUGUCUGUCCGUAACAGCUUCUAUCAUCUGCCUCACGCACCAGCUCAUGCUGUGCGUAGAGGAAGCCACAACCACUCUUCUCUACCAUAUGACCAACAAGACCAGCCACGUUCUGCAGCACCGCCGAAAGACUUGGACAUGAGGCCAGCACGCGUACGCUUAGAUCGAACUCAGACUACACCAAACUUGGGCUCAAGCUCCCUUGGUGCAGCUAACUCGGCAGCUCAACCUACGAGGCGGAGAAGCUUCACAGCAGAGGAACGCCCACGACUGUGGUCUUCAAAGUCACAUGGCGGUUCGAUCGAAGCCCAACAAGACUUGGCGACUGGGCCAAAUCCUGUCGCUCGCCGUGAGUAUGAUGGACCCGAGAGCGCCGAAUUUGUGGGCGUACCAAGCACGGCUUCGCGAAGAAGGUCAUCGAUGGCGAAUGGCGAAAGUCGCGAAUCCGCACGUGCUUGGGCAUACCAGACUCUGACGAAACAAGACUUUGAUUAUAUGACGACAGUUGCACCUGCAUUUCGAGGCGAUAACAGCAAGCUGAGAGUCUUCAUUACCUUUACCGGGACGCAUCCGUCCGAAGCUCGAAUCGUUCAGGAAUGGCUCCGGGCUUAUGUCCGACCCCGUAAUCUUUACUCUGACGCCCUGAAGACGGACUGGACCGAGUUUCUGAGCUGCUUUGAGAAUAGGAGCCCGUCUUUGUCGAUUGUUCUAUUCCAUUCUACGCUGCCCGACUAUAUACACUAUACUAAGCUCGGUUCCUUUCUAAAGUCGGAUAACUUUCUCUGCUUCAGCGUGGACUUGGAACUGUCCCCAAAUAGCGGCCCGAAAUGUCCCCUUGCUCGGCUGUUUCCUCGCGGUACCGUCCUUUGCAUUACGGAAGGAUGUAUGACAUACUGCCCAAAGGAAGUCCUUUGCGCGUUGGAGUACUUUGAGAGCGUGGCAACACCGAAUUGGACCUUGAUGCUCAUACCUGACAUCACAACUUGGCUGACCGAUCGUCUUGCGCAUUGUGGCGAAGGCGAAGAAAAAAUGAUAUCGAAGAUGCUCGAAUUGAUUUUCCGACUCCGUUCAAGGUUAUUCACGCAGAACCUAUUGGUCGACAGCAACGAUUUUGAUCGACUGGCUUACCUCACGGAUGACGAGGCAGACGCACUUGUGCUGGAGGUGCCCCGACUCUCAAAAUAUGUGUCUGCGUCCGAACCUAGCGAACUUGGCGACGAGGCGUGCCUGCGGGCGCGUGACAAGGUGGUCUCGGAGUAUUUCAUCGGUUGGACGGCAAUGAAGGCAUCGAUUUAUCGAUGCAUGAUCCUGUUAGACGAUAAAAUGACCAAUAAGACGGAGAAACUUUCGGGGCACGUGAGUAUCGUUGACCCAGUCAAGUUUCUCAACCAGUUUGCCGUGCAACAAUAUCCAGACAAGGCAAGGGAAAAGGCUUAGAAGGCCAGAUCGCGCAGGAAUGCGCUGGUGACUAAAUGAGACCAUGGAGAGAGUAAGGAAAUUGGCGCCUAAGUUAGAACGAACAAGGUUGAAUGGAGGUCGGCAGAGAACAUUUCAACGCCCACUUCGGGCUCAGAGACUACUAUCAGAGGUUACCAGACUGGUCUUUGGGUUUGUUGUAUGUCUCUCAGUUCGCCCGACCUAUGGCAAGUCAUGUGUCGCCCAGGCACGUACCCAGAUAGAAAUCUUGACUGUUCUACGGUUCAUAGAGAAUACAAAUAGCC